UCAGCCGUUUGCAGUGUUACCUCGGACGUACCUAAAUAAGGUACUUCGAUCGUGACAUUACAGUUCUGAAAUCAUGGAAAAACACGCGAUGUUUUUGUUGCUGUUAUCGUUUAUAGCAUCCUUUGCACAAAAACCAGUAGUCAGGCCGUUGAAUAUCGCACAUCGUGGCAGCUCUGGCAGGUUACCCGAACACACUUUAGAGGCUUACAGGUUGGGUGUUGACGAUGGAGCAGACUACAUUGAAUGUGAUGUCUGCAUCACCAAAGAUCUGGUGCCUAUUUGCCGCCACGAGAGCUGGCUGAAUCACACCACCAAUGUCUGGAACAACCAAGCCCUUCGCUCCAAAGUGAAGACCUACAGCGUUUUCUCGCCUUCAUCAAACACCACUAAGAAUAUCACCGACAUCUUCACAGUAGAUCUCACUCUGGCAGAGAUCAAAACCAUCGGUGUUAAUCAAAAGUAUUCAUUCAGAGAUCCAAGUUUUAACGGCUUGUUUAAAAUUCCUACACUUCAGGAAUACAUUGACGUCGCCAAAUCUGCUAACAGAGUUCUAGGAAUAUACCCUGAGAUAAAAAAUCCAGAGUGGGUCAAUUCGCUGGACAUUUUGCGUGAUAAAAACACUACUUUCGAAGAUGUGGUUCUUGAGGUUUUACACAAGAAUAAAUAUACUAAAAAAGACUCGCCUUGUUAUGUACAGUCUUUCAGUGAGAAAAGCAUCAGAGAGUUGAAGACGAAAACCGAACUGCCUUUGGUGAAACUCUUUGAUUAUCCAUUCCCUGAAGAAAAGCUCCAAGAACUCUCCUCUAUCUGUGCUGGUAUUGGUGUUUGGAAGAACCUGAUUAUACCACAGCGCGAUCAUUAUCUACAGAAAACAACAGAUCUCCUCGCCAAUGCGCACAAGAAUAACCUGGUAGUCCAUACUUACACGUUCAGGAAUGAAGACAAAUACUUGGCGUGGAAUUACACUCAGGACCCUUAUAAUGAGUAUCAAAAGUUUUUUGAUCUUCAGGUUGAUGGUUAUUUUACAGAUUUCCCUGCCACCCUCAAGCGAAUUUUGGAUAUGAAAUUCGCGCCAAAGCCAAAGUCUUGUCCUAGUGGAGUCCCUGGGACACACAAGGGUGCGUAUCCUGUGCCAGCUCUUGUUCUCAUCGUAGCACUAAUCCAAAAGUUUCACGAGUAGGUAGUUACAUGAUUUUUCGUUGCCUUCCGCCCUUUCUUACUUGCCAAAUGUACAAACCUUACCAUUUCAUGAUAGACGGGAGCCCUCAGUGGACACCUGGUAUGGAACAAUUUUCAAUUGGGUUUCAAAAGAAAUCCAGGAUAUGAUUGAUUUCUAAUACUUGGCUCUGUGAUUGGUUAAUGUAGAACACCCGCACCUCCCUCUCAACCAAUCAGAUGCAAAAGUAAAACCAACUGCGUCUUACUCCCUCGAUUUUUCCCGCGCUUUUGGUAGUUCGCUUGGUUUUUCUAUUAACCGAAAUUGACUCCUUCUAUUCCCCUGUCGCGAUUACCUGUUGCGAUUCCUAGUUUUACGGUUUUAUAGAAAAGCGUAUGAUACCCCAGUAAUUUCGAUUUCUCUACUGAUGCAUCUAUAUUUGAGGUUAUUUUUAGCUUUUUGACGGAAUUCCUUCGUAUAGGAUAAAUUCUUCACAUUAUUAUUCAAGAGUGUAGAACCUGCCACAGAUAAGGAAAAUCAAAUAGAACCGAAGUUGAUUUCGGAUGAGUAAGAUAUACACCGACGGCAAUGAAAGUGCUUAAAAGUUUGAUCUGAAGUUCUGAAAAUUAAAAAAAAAAAAAAAAAAUUACGUGCGUAAUUCACACCUUGAAGAAAGAGUCACUGUCAGUGGAGGCUUGAAGAGUCUCUCCUCCUUCUUCUCGUAUUCACUGUUUCUGUUAAUAUUUUGAGAGAGAGCAUCAAUAACCUGAGUUUUGUUUUUAUCCUUUUAGGCAGGUUGCAUGCUGUAAAAUAGUCACGGUUUGUACAAUACUAGUUUAGUGUUUACAUAUCAAUUACGAUUUGAUUCUUGACUGAUAACCUAUGACGUAAUAAUUCACGUGACUAGCGCGUGUGAUGUAACAAAGAAACGGUAUAGGUUAGAACUGAAAAAUUGUAACCGAAAUAGGAAAACUUGGUCAGAAAUUAUGUCCACACUUAUAUUAUUAACAACAUUACUGAGAAAAAGGGAUGGCAAGUGUUGUUUUCAUAAGGUCGCAAUAAUAGCAAGUAUGAUAGAUAUUGUAAGAAAUAUAAAACUUUUUUGAAAGCCAUGUUUCGGCAUGCAUAUGCCAUCUUCAGUCAAUGAGU